UCAUGAACUCUGAUGUUGACCUACAGGCGCCUGUAAAGUUUCGGUGCACCACUGACUGAGUGUCUGAGCGUAUCUGCUGCUCUGCUGUCACGUCUGUUUACAGUUUGCCCAAACUCUAACUCCCGUACAUCUUUAAACACUCUGAGCUGUGCACAGCAGGAAUGGAGCCCCGCGGGAUCUUGAUAAAAGGAGGUAAAGUUGUGAAUGAAGACUGCUCCGUGAUCAGCGACGUCUACAUUGAAAAUGGGAGAAUUAUUGAAGUCGGACUGAACCUUCAGAUCCCAGCGGGAGUGCGAGUCAUUGAUGCCACCGAUAAACUGGUGAUCCCGGGCGGCAUCGACACGCACACACACAUGGAGCUGGCGUUCAUGGGAACCAAGGCGGUGGAUGACUUCCAUAUCGGAACAAAGGCUGCUGUUGCAGGAGGGACCACAAUGAUCCUGGAUUUUGUAAUCCCCCAAAAGGGCAAGUCACUCCUGGAAGCCUACGACUGUUGGCGUAAGACAGCUGACCCCAAAGUUUGUUGCGACUACUCGCUGCAUGUUGCUGUCACGUGGUGGAGUGACAAGGUCAAGAAAGAGAUGGAGACUCUGGCCAAAGAAAAAGGAGUUAAUUCCUUCAAGAUGUUUAUGGCCUACAAAGACGUGUUCAUGCUGCAGGACUCUGAGCUAUAUGCUGCCUUUUCCCAGUGUAAGGAGAUUGGAGCUAUAGCUCAGGUGCAUGCUGAGAAUGGAGAUCUGAUUGCAGAGGGUGCUAAGAAGAUGCUGGCCAUGGGCAUUACGGGGCCGGAGGGCCAUGAGCUCUGUCGGCCAGAGGAAGUGGAGGCUGAGGCCACCCAGAGAGCCAUCACCAUCGCUUCUGCUGUCAACUGCCCGCUCUAUGUGGUCCAUGUCAUGAGCAAAUCUGCCGCCAAGGUGGUGUCUAAUGCACGCAGAGAUGGUCGUGUGGUGUUUGGAGAGCCCAUUGCAGCAGGGCUGGGCACAGAUGGUACCAACUACUGGCACAAAGAGUGGUCCCAUGCUGCUGGCUUUGUCAUGGGUCCUCCACUAAGACCUGACCCCAGCACUCCUGGGUACCUUAUGGACCUACUGGCCAACGAUGAUCUCAGUGUGACUGGAACAGACAACUGCACCUUCUCUGUGUGCCAGAAGGCCCUGGGCAAAGACGACUUCACCAAGAUCCCUAACGGAGUGAACGGAGUGGAGGACAGGAUGUCUGUCAUUUGGGAGAAAGGAGUGCACAGCGGCAAAAUGGACGAGAAUCGAUUUGUGGCUGUCACCAGCAGCAACGCAGCAAAAAUCUUCAACUUCUACCCACAGAAAGGCCGCAUCGCCAAGAACUCAGAUGCUGAUGUGGUUAUAUGGGACCCCAAGUUGACAAGGAAGAUAUCAGCCAAGACCCACCACCAGGCGGUGGACUACAACAUCUUCGAGGGCAUGGAGUGCCACGGUGUGCCUGUCGUCACCAUCUCCAGAGGCAAAGUGGUCUAUGAGGAAGGGAGGCUAAAGGUGUCACCAGGGAACGGCAGAUUCAUCCACAGAAAACCCUUCUCUGAGUUUGUUUACAAAAGAAUUGAGCAAAGGGAGCAGGUGAGGAAACCUACAGCUGUGAUCAGAAAGCCCUAUGAAGGCAAAGUCAUCUCUGUAUGAACAACUGACUCAUAACAUGAAAGGCACUUUGAGCUCCAGCUGUGUGUCUUCAGUACAAGCUAUCAAAACCAGAACAACCAACGUCUGUCUCAUUGGUAAACCUGCUCUGAGUGGUUUUCAAAUAUCUCUGCAAGUCAUACAUACAUUAUGCAGUCAUUAAAAUUACUGUGUGUAGUAAAGGAGGGGGAUGUUGACCUUUAGGUUAGCUCUGAUCAACACUUAGGUCAAGGUCCUGUUGGCAGAUGAUACCUUUGUUAUAUUUGCUGGUUUCCAGGUCAGUUUUGCUCAGUACACAGGUCAGUAGAACCCUCUCCGCUUCUGGAAAUUAUAUUUGCUCUAACAUACAUUAUGCAAUCAAGUCAUUUACUGUAAGGAAUGAAAAUAUGGCUUUAACUGGUGAUUUGAAAAGAGGAUCUUUAAUCUCUUUUUAAUUUGUUCAUAUUGUGUUAUAAAUAAUAUAUAAUUGUGUAAUAAAAAAAAUAGCAAAAAACAA